GAAUGCCAGUUGAGUGACCUGGGCCGAUGGAUCGGAAUCGGAUCAGCCACACAUUUCCAAGCCGAAGGGAGGAGAGCAGAGAGCGCCAACCAACCAGGCUCGUUCUUCUUCUUCUUCUUCUUCUUCAACGGUAGAGGCAGAGGCAGAGGAGCGGCGGCUGGACCUGGAGAGCCGCCAUGGCACGCCUGCUCCUCUCCCUCUCCGUCCCAGUCUCCGCUAGCAUUGUGCUGCCGUCGUCGUCGAGUACUAGUACUAGUACCGCACGGGCACGGCGCCGAGGGAGAGGCCGCGUGGCUGUGCCCGCCACCUCCACCGCCACCGCCACCCAAGGACAAGAAGCACCGGCGUUUGACCCCGCGGCGGCGCCACCGUUCGGGCUGGCCGACAUCCGCGCCGCCAUCCCCAAGCACUGCUGGGUGAAGGACCCCUGGCGCUCCAUGGGCUACGUCCUGCGCGACGUCGUCCUGGUGCUGGGGCUCGCCGCCGCCGCCGCGCGCCUCGACAGCUGGCUCGUGUGGCCGCUCUACUGGGCGGCGCAGGGCACCAUGUUCUGGGCGCUCUUCGUGCUGGGACACGACUGUGGGCACGGCAGCUUCUCCAACAACUCCAACCUCAACAGUGUGGUCGGCCACAUCCUGCACUCCUCCAUCCUGGUGCCAUACCACGGCUGGCGGAUUAGCCACAGGACACACCACCAGAACCACGGCCACGUCGACAAGGACGAGUCAUGGCAUCCCCUCCCCGAGCGGCUUUACAAGAGCCUGGACAGCGUCGUCCUGAUGCUGCGCUUCAGGCUUCCCUUCCCCAUGCUCGCCUACCCAUUCUACCUGGCCAACAGGAGCCCCGGCAAGUCAGGCUCCCACUUCCACCCGGCCAGCGACCUCUUCCAGCCCAGCGAGAGCAACGACGUGCUCACCUCCACGGCGUGCUGGCUCGCCAUGGCUGCCCUCCUAGCUGCGCUCACCUUCCUCAUGGGCCCUCUGCAGAUGCUCAAGCUCUACUUCGUACCCUAUUGGGGUUUUGUCAUGUGGCUCGACUUUGUUACCUACCUGCACCAUCACGGCCACAAUGACAAGCUUCCAUGGUACCGAGGAAAGGAAUGGACCUAUCUUCGGGGUGGCCUGACGACGCUCGACCGGGACUACGGAUGGAUCAACAACAUCCACCAUGACAUUGGGACUCAUGUCAUCCACCAUCUCUUCCCGCAGAUCCCACAUUACCAUCUCAUAGAGGCAACAGAGGCAGCCAAGCCGGUGCUGGGAAAGUACUACAGAGAGCCGCAAAAGUCUGGUCCUCUCCCCUUUCAUCUACUUGGUGAUCUGGUUCGGAGUUUGAGACGUGACCACUAUGUCAGCGACACAGGGGAUGUGGUCUACUACCAAACUGACCCAAAACUCCAUUAGCUGCUCCAUUCAACCGAGGGAGGCUGGGAGUUAUGCGAAUCGCAAGGAUCAGAGGCUGCUAGAGACAUCAAUGAGGCAACACACUGCAUUUAAUAUAAUAAGAAUAAGUCAACUCAUUCUUUGGGCAAAACAAAGCUACAAUACAAUUUCCAAGCAGGGAAGAGCAAUGCCAGUUCCCUCUAAAAAGUAGACAAACUAUGAUGCACCAUUGCUUUACUAUCUGAUAGAUCUCAGGGCUCGUUAGAAGAUUGGCACAUACUUAGGGUCUGUUCGUUUGAGGUAGUUUGACACCAGGAAUUGUUCCGGUUAAUGAAAGCUUAUGUAAAUUUGAGUAACGAUUUCAUCCGGAUUUUUUCCUGGCGACCAUUCCGGAGGAAGCGAACGGGCCCUUAGCUGGUACUAUUGCAAGAAAGCAAUGCCAGUACCUUCACUCACUGCUGUCCUCAGAUAUGCGGUACAUUAUUUGACAAUACAAGUGGUAGUCAUGCUCACUACCUGCGCCUUAGAUCUCUCUGCAAAAGGAAAACAAAAGAAAAAACUUUAAGAUGGAGACAUGGAGCUUUUCCUGACAAAUCAUGUGUUGCUGCUUGAAGAUGAUGGUGUGUUUAUUUUAAAGGGAACAUUCUGACAAAAUAAAUAAAUGCAUGGAGGUUCAUAUACUGCAAUGUAUUAAGCUAUUACGGAUUGUAUCGUGUCACCAACCAAACAGAACAGAAUUAUUUA